GCGACUGCCUGUGUCCUGUCUCUCACCCAGACACAGACACUUAUACACGUAGGCCAGAAAAGCGCAACCCUCGGUCCUGUGACUCCCUCCACGCAGGUCCUCGGAACACGCUGCGGUUUACAUUGAACCGAUCGGCGAGCACAGACAAACCUACCAACAAGUCUACUGGCUGGAAUUCAUUUCCAUGGCAACAAACAUGGAAGGCGGAGAACUGAUUCCUGCAGGGACGCUGAAGAAGCCCCACAAUGCACCAGUGAAGGAUGAGUAGCAUCUACUGCGGCAAUUCUUCAGCUAAGAUGAGCGUCAACGAAGUCUCUGCCUUCUCCCUGACCCUGGAGCAAAAGACCGGCUUUGCCUUUGUAGGCAUCCUGUGCAUUUUCUUGGGGCUUCUUAUUAUCAGAUGCUUCAAAAUCCUAUUAGACCCAUAUAGUAGCAUGCCCUCUUCUACAUGGGAAGACGAAGUGGAGGAGUUUGAUAAAGGGACCUUUGAGUAUGCCCUUGCCUGAUGGCGGCCUAAGCUUCACGCUUUUUCCAGUUGCCAUUGGGACACAUGGUAGACACGUUCGUAAUUAGCUUGACUGUGCUGCUGCUGAGAGGAUCAUUUCAUUCACGAAAUUCAAUAAACAUCUGUGAUUGAUCUGGCCACCAUGCUGGGUAAAAUCUCGUGCUCUUCUUGGUCUCCCUCCGCGGAGGUUUCUAUGCAGAGAGCAGAACUGUGACUUCUGCCACCUCAUUUCCUCCUCUUAUAUC